CUCGGAGCUUUCUCCGCUACUGCACAGAUGAAACGCAAAAUCUCACUCGUGGCUCUGUGAUGGACACGGAACUUUCGGGAUUCUGUUAGUCGAACGACUUAGUGUGCGGAGCACUUCUAAGUCCAUGAGAUCUCAGAGUCCACUUCCAGACAUAACUUGCUGUCCUUGUGACAUGCAUUGCCUGCUUGGUUAGCCCCCUACAAUCUUGGACAAACAUCGCUCUCCUUUCUUGAAACAGGCGAAUGCGACGGACUGACGGACCGUUGCACCGGAUAUGUUGAGAUGGAGAUAUGCACUCCUCCUAGGCUAGCUCCGGGGUAAAAAGGAAGGACGAUCUCACUUUAACAAAAAAGGUAUAUAAAGUCCAACAACCUCGUCCUAAAGUUGGUCAAUCAUCUCUGCUGGACAGACAACAAAGACAAAAAUUUAUUCAUUCUCUUCUGCAUCAGAAUGCAUCAACGCGCGCUCCUUUUCUCUGCUCUUGCUGUAGCCGCCAAUGCUCAGCAGGUCGGCACACAGAAACCGGAAACCCACCCUCCUCUGACCUGGCAAAAGUGUACUGCUGCUGGCAGCUGCACUCAGCAGAGCGGCUCAGUUGUGAUUGAUGCCAACUGGCGCUGGCUGCAUUCGACCAAAGAUACCACCAACUGCUAUACUGGCAACACGUGGAACACGGAGCUCUGCCCUGACAACGAAUCCUGCGCUCAAAACUGUGCUUUAGAUGGUGCCGAUUACGCGGGCACUUACGGUAUCACUACCUCUGGAUCCGAGCUUAAGAUCAACUUCGUCACCGGUGCCAAUGUUGGCUCGCGUUUGUACCUUAUGCAGGAUGACGAGACGUAUCAGCAUUUCAACCUGCUGAACAACGAGUUCACCUUCGAUGUUGAUGUGUCGAACCUUCCUUGCGGUCUGAACGGUGCUCUGUACUUUGUGGCUAUGGAUGCCGAUGGUGGCAUGUCUAAAUACCCUAGCAACAAAGCCGGUGCGAAGUACGGAACCGGCUACUGUGACUCCCAGUGCCCUCGGGAUCUCAAGUUCAUCAAUGGCGUGGCCAACGUGGAAGGCUGGGAGCCCUCCAGCAACGACAAGAACGCAGGCGUUGGUGGCCACGGAUCCUGCUGCCCUGAGAUGGAUAUCUGGGAGGCUAACAGCAUUUCCACUGCCGUGACUCCUCAUCCCUGUGAUGAUGUCUCACAGACCAUGUGCAUCGGCGAUGCCUGCGGUGGCACUUACUCUGCUACCCGUUAUGCAGGCACUUGUGAUCCUGAUGGCUGUGACUUCAAUUCUUUCCGCAUGGGCAAUGAGUCCUUCUAUGGCCCUGGAAAGAUCGUUGAUACGAAAUCCAAGAUGACCGUAGUGACUCAGUUCAUUACUGCCGACGGCACUGCCAGUGGUGCUCUUUCCGAAAUCAAGCGUCUCUACGUCCAGAACGGUAAGGUGAUUGCCAACUCUGUCUCCAACGUUGCCGGCGUGUCUGGCAACUCGAUCACCUCGGACUUCUGCACGGCCCAGAAGAAGGCCUUUGGCGAUGAGGAUAUUUUCGCGAAGCACGGCGGUCUCAGCGGCAUGGGCAAAGCCCUGUCUGAGAUGGUUCUCAUCAUGAGCAUCUGGGACGAUCACCAUUCUAGCAUGAUGUGGCUCGACAGCUCCUACCCCACUGAUGCUGAUCCCUCGAAGCCUGGCGUUGCCCGUGGCACCUGUGAGAACGGCGCCGGCGACCCGGAAAAGGUCGAGUCCCAGCACCCUGAUGCCUCUGUGACUUUCUCCAACAUCAAGUUUGGUCCCAUUGGCUCGACCUACAAAGCUUAGGCGAUUUGACAGGAAAGUCAAGCUGGAGCGGGGGACCCAGAUUGUGUCUGCAAUGGUUGAGGGCAGGCUCCCUUGAGAAAUAGCAGGACGAGGAGUGUCUCCUCCCGGACUUGCAUGUAGUCAGACACACGAUUGACAUAGACCCUGCUGAGCUUCCGGGCAGGCUUUCACUUACUGUUUUCUUAUUCGUCACUUUCUUUGUGAAUUUACCUUUUGGUUCCUGUUUCCAAGUGAAGUGUUUUGCUUUUUCUUCUGGAAGGAGCUCGAAUUUGACUUCUCCUG